GCGGAAGUCUUCCAACUCGUCCACUUGCGUCAACGACCCAUGCAGCCAUGCCCAUGCAGCCAAGACGAGGGCAUCGAGCCAAGCAAGGUAGGUACCCUGCACCACGGCCAACACGACCCCAGCGGCUGACUGAGUUGUGUCUGUGGUGUGGUCAGGGUGUGUCUGCCCGUUUCCGCCCUCCUGAGGAUGUGUCGCCGGUGACCAACUCGCAUUCGUUCCUCAAGGACGGCAUCCUCUUCGCCCUGAGCAUGUGUCCACUUGCUUCAUUGCAUGCAUGCUAGGGUAAUGCAUGCACGCCCCCAGUCUUGGCCCCCCACCUCUUCAUCGGCUCCUCGCGCGACCUCCCCCCUAUUCCAUUUAUCCAUCCCAUCCAAUUCCCAUCCACAUAUUCCGAUUCAUCACGAGGGCCUCCCCUUGCCUGUCCCGUGACACCGCAACAAUGCAUUGCAGCACCGCCUCCAUCCUCCUCGUGUCCGUCCUCAUCGGCACUCUCCUCAUCUCCCCCGCCAUCGCCACAAGAGCCACCGCCCCGUCCGUCUACGUCAAUCAGCUCGAAUCAGACUCUGCGCUUGGUGAGGAUCAGCGCCAUGCCACUGAGGAGCCCGGCAGCCAUGCCAAGGCGUUCGCCCACUACGUGAGCCACAAGGCGGCCCAGGAGCUUGCAGACCUCAUCCAUAGCCACCCUGCAGGCUCAGCAGGGGACACCUCGGCUCCCGUGGCUUUCUCGACUCUGUCUGUGGAUGAGAACCACGGCGGCUACGGCGGCCACGGCGGCUACGGCGGCGACGGCGGGGGUGGGCAGCCGGUGGUGCGGAUGCCCCCUGGCCUGAUUGAGCGCGCCAAUGGGAUGUAUGGCGAGAUCAGGGAGAGCCGCACCCUGCUGACCAAGCUCAGAUCGGCGCUGUUCAAGCACAUGGUACAAGGGGGAGAGAGAGAGGGGAAGCGAGAAGGGGACGGGACACCUGUGGUUCUGUGUGUGUGUGUGUGUUUAUGUGUUGGAAACAGAUAAGUCAGGCGAUGCAGCUGAUCCAGAUGGCAGCGCAGGCGUGCUGCGAGAAGCUGUCCAAGGCCGAGGGCAUCAUGCAGACAUUCAUUCACCAGACCCCUACUGGCAUCAUCCCACAGAUCAACACCAUGUUCAAGGCUGUGGUACGCUGCGCACACCGCAACAUGGGCAUUCAUGCUGUGGCUGCAUGUCUCCUGUGUGUGUGUGUGUGUGUGUGUGUGUGUACUGUGCAGGCGGCCGCUGCUGUUAGACUGGCGCGUCUGCUGCAGGAGCUGCAGCGAUGCUACCUGGAAGAAGCCAAGGCGCGCUGGCAACUCGUAAGAGCAUACAGACACGUGCACAUGAGGGAGGCAGUGGACAUUGACGCUCUUGGUGUAGGCCGACAAGGUGGCCACUCACCGCGAGCACAUGAACGCUCUCACCUGGCAGCUGGCCAGACCGGAUCACUUAAGAUACGCGAACUCAUGGCCCAAGCCUGUACUGUCUUUGUCUUUGUCUUGUCAUUAUCGAUCAGAAAAUGUUUGAGGACGAGAUCCGCUCCCUCACCGGAGAAGUCCAAUCCCUACCCAGGGUAAGCACAGAGACAGACAGACACCACACCCUUUUAUUCCUUGUCUAUGUCCAUGUCUCUGACUGUCUUGAUGUGUCUCUGUUAUGUGCAAAUGGAUCGAUACAUAGGAGUUUGAGAGAAGUGUGGACUGCGAGCAGGGCGGCGAUACGCUGGACCCCCUGUCGAGCGACCCGUCAUGCCGUGUGGCCUUCAAGCAGAACCCCUGCUGCCGCGGCACCACCGUCCACCAGUGCGCUGCCUCUUCAGCCAGUGCCACCAAGACCAUCAAACGGAUUCUCACCGUCUACUGCGAGCAAAACGGAGGUAAGGUAGAUCAGCCACAAUGGGCGGGGGAAUGAAUGGCCAGGUCACUUUCUCUCUCCCUCCCUGUGUGCAGGUGGCGGUGUGUCGCUUGGCGACUUCUCAGACACCUUUGGAGGCUUCUGUACGUGAUGUGCAAGGAAGAAACGAUGCCAGAUCAGAUAUCACCACUCACUCACCCACUCAGCUAUCUCUGUUUUUGUCUUCAGCAGCUGGCGGCGAUUUCGGCGGCUUCCACAACACCUCUUACUCGGCUGGCUCGUUCAAGGGCCCCAUCAAUGCCUUCCCCCAGCUGCCAGCCCUCGCCACCCAUCCGCAGCAGCAGCGUACAUGCCCCACAAGACCCCCGCCACCCCUUCACAUCAGGGAGGGGGUGGCAUCUGGACACACAGCCCAUACUGUAAGCAAGCCAUUGAUCGCUCAAAACCUGGAUGGACACACGUCGCCUGCGUGGCGUCUGUGUUGGUAUGUCUGUCCACUCCACUCAGUCACGAAAAGGAAUGUGUCGAGCGCUGCGGACGACACGGCCCUGCUCGAGGGUGAUCUGUCCUCCUUCCCCCGGGUCCCGGACUCCGGCCUCUCCGAAGACGACCUCUCGUCCGGUCGGUACACAUUCCCACAGACACUCACCAAGUGCCAUCCAUUCUGUCUGUCUGUCUGUCUCUUGUGUGUGGGCUCAGUUGCGCACGCGUUGAAUCGUUCGGUGACGAUGUCGCACUUCACGACCCCCACCCACUACAACUUCUCCUCUUUUGGGGGCAACACGACUCAAGCAGCGGGGCGCAGGAGCGUCAUCGGAGGGGAGCCCUGCUAGAAGAAGAAUUGAUGGCUGGAUGGCGGCAGUGCAGACAAACAGAGGAGAGUGCACAUGCGGAGGGAGCGAGGGAGAGAGGGAGGGAAGGCAGAGAGACAGCGGUGGAUGGAUGGAUGCAUGGAGGUUACAUGCUGACAUCGUGAGGCUGUGAGGCAUCUGGACAUACGGACGGACGGACGGACGGACGGACGCAUGGUACAUGUCAUGAAUGGCCUGUGGAAUGGUGGGUGGAAACAGAG